AUGGGUAGCGCUGCCUCCGUAUCGGAUGCGAAAAAAGAAGAGGUCGAGGUUGCCCCCCGUCGAGUAGCGGAGGAGGACGAUGCCCAAGUUAAAGACGAGCAGAGCGUCGCGCCUCAUAACGUCGAAGAAGAACAAACAUCACGGCAAGAGGAACCUGCAAGUCACGUUGUUGACAUUUCGUCCAGCGAGGAGAACGAUGCGGAGACGCAGGAUGAGGCGGGCGAAGAAAUCGAGACCUUGCUUAGAAAGACCAUGACAGAGGCGUCUACAGAAACGGAGCUGUCUUUAGCCUUUGAGAGCUUCCUCCAUAAGGACGGUACCCUGUACAGCUGUUUCAGUCAGCAUGGAAGCAGGGUGUACGUGGAUGAAACAAACCAGGUAACCAAUCAGAACGCGCCGCCCUCCGGCGGCCACGCCCACACGCCCGCCGAACCGGCGGUUGCCGACGACGACCGCGCCAGCGCCGUGUACAUUCAGGGGAAGGGGAUGAUCAUGACGUACAUGUUCGAGGAGAAGGCCAACACCUGCCGCUACUUCGACCCGCAGACCGGCCUCUGGCUCCUCAUGCCCCUGCAGUGGGAGAUGGACGUGGAGUUUGUGCGAACGCGAGUCCAGCGGGUCAUGGGCGCUCUGCCAGGGCUGGGGGAUCAGAAGGAGAUCACGGCGGCCCUCAGGCAGUGUAACUACGACCCCGACGAGGUCAUCUCCGCGUACCUCACCAUCUUCGGAGACGUGCUCUUCCAGCCAGCGGACAGAGAGCAGCACAACCGGGAGCUCAACUCCUUCAGGAGCCACCUGGAGAAGGACCGGGCGAUAGAGGACCUGAAGCAGAAGCUCCAGGACCGGGAGAGGGAGGCGGAGGCCCUCCUCCAGAGGAACAGCUCCCUGGCCCGGGAGGCGCAGUACCUGUCCGACGUGCUGCAGCACCUCAACCUCCAGGUGGCCGAGCUGGAGGCGGACCGGCAGGAGGCGCGGGAGAAGAUACGCGCCCUGCUCUCCCGCCGCCCCACGGCGCCCCCCGUCAGACCGGAGCCCAAACCCGGCGUGGACCCCGCCCGCCUCCGGGCCCUCAGCGGCCUGACCCGGGGCCUCAACGUGGCCAACAAGCAGCUGCGCGCCUCCCUGGGCCAGUGGCUGCAGGAGGCGCGGCUCCAGAUGAGGGAGCUGGAGGAGGAGGCGCGCAGGGAGGCGCGGGAGCUCCGGGGGCUCUACAGGAAGGAGGCCGUGGAGAGGAAGGCGCUGUAUAACCGGCUCCUGGAGCUGCAGGGGAACAUCCGGGUGUUCUGCCGCUGCCGCGCCAGCCCGGCCGCCACCUCCUGCCUGGACGUGUCCGAGGAGGAGGAGGUGGCCGUCACCCAGAAGGGGGGCAAGAGGAGGUUCCUCUUCGACAAGGUGUACCCCUCCAGCGCCUCGCAGGAGAAAGUGUUUGAGGGGACCCUUCCCAUAAUAACCUCCUGUGCUGAUGGGUUCAACGUCUGCAUCCUGGCCUACGGGCAGACCGGCUCUGGGAAGACCUACACCAUGAUGGGCCCCAAAGAUAAACCCGGGGUCAAUGUGAGGUCCAUCAGAGAGCUCUUACGCAUCUGUAAAGAGAGAGAGAAGGUCACCUACGCUCUGAAGAUCUCCAUGUUAGAAAUUUACAACGACAGCUUGAACGACCUCUUGGCGAAAGGUCCGGCCGGUCAUUUGGAGAUAAGGGCCCAAGGGAAGUCCGUCACCGUUCCCGGACUCACGGCCAUGGAUGUGGAGACAGAGGAGCACAUCUUAAAUGUCAUGGAGCUGGGCGAGAAAAACCGGAAGAUCGCCUCCACCAAAAUGAACAUACAGAGCUCCCGUUCCCACCUCAUCCUGACCCUGCGGGUGGAGGGGACGGACAGCGUUUCCGGGGCGACGUCCCACGGCACCCUGACCCUGUGUGACCUGGCGGGGUCCGAGCGCAUCUCCAAAACCGAGGCCACGGGGGCGCGGCUGCUGGAGGCCGCCUCCAUCAACAAGUCCCUGACCGCCCUGGGCCAGGUGUUCAGCGCUCUGAAAUGCAACGCGCUGCACGUGCCCUUCAGAAACUCCAAACUCACACACCUCCUGCAGCCCUGUCUCAGUGGAGACGCCAAGGCCUGCGUGUUCGUGAACGUCAGCCCGGAGCCUGCGAACCUGUCCGAGACCCUCAGCACCCUGCAGUUCGGAUCGUCCAUCCGACAGGUGGUCCUGGGAAAAGCCACUCAACACGUAGCUCCCGCACAGAACGCCAAGGCUGACAAAUAAGUUUACACUCCCUGGGGCCCCUCACUCAUGUGCGGGAAACAUUUGUGUGUCGCAGUUCUGCGAUUAGAAAGCUGGGGUUGGUGAACUGGACUUAACCUGACUUGUAAAAAGGGAAUUAUAAUCUCUGCUGGACGCUGUGCAUUCAGUGUGAGUGCCUGUUGGAUU